AUGACUGAGGUAUCGGCUACUCGCCUUUACCUGGGCAAUCUGCCUCGGAAUGCUACCAAAGCCGAUAUCGAAGCUCACUUCUCCACCCAUGGCACCGGUGACAUUGCUGAGAUCAAGCUCAUGAACGGCUUCGGCUUCAUCGAGUACAAGGAUCCCAUGGAUGCACGCGAUGUUGUUCCAGAUGGUUCGACCUUCCUUGGCGAGCGCUUGACUGUCCAGUUCGCCCGUGGUAACCGACACCGUGAAAACAAUGGCGGCGGCGGCGGCGGCGGCGGCGGAUUCAACAACGACCGCAGCAGUGCCCCCCGGCCGCGCCGCACACCGCACCGCUUGCAGAUUUCGGGACUUCCCCCAGACACCAGCUGGCAGGAUCUCAAAGACUUUGCUCGCACACCCGGCCUUGAUGUCGUCUACAGUGAAACGGGGCGCAACGGCAGCAGCGAAGGAUUUGUCGAGUUCGAGACGGCUGCCGACCUCCGCACAGCUGUUGAGAAGCUGAACGAGCGCGACUUCAAAGGUGUUCGCGUCACUUGCACUGCCAACACUCAGGCUGACAUUCCCCGUGGAGACCGCGGGCGAUCCAUGUCACCUCGUCGCGGGCCGGGCCGCAUGAAUGACUACGAUCGCCGGGGUCCGCCUCGCGCAUACAGUCCCCACCGCAACGGGGACUACAGGCCUGAUUACCGCGACCGGUCCCCUGUUCCUCGGCGCGAUUAUUACGAGGACCGUGCCAGGCCCUACCGCUCCCCUCCCCGCCGUGGACCCCCAAUGGAUGACUACCCGCCGGCGCGCCGCUACGAUGACCCCUAUCGUGGACCGCCCCGGGACUACCCUCCUCCUGACCCGUACAUGAAUGGCGGCGGACGGCCUUAUGAUCGUCCUCCUCCUCCUCGGGACUUUGCUCCGCGGGACCCCUAUGUCCGGGAGCCCUACCCUCGGGAGUAUGAUCGGCGUUAUUAG